AUGUGGAAAACAUUCGCAACUUCGCUGCGGUCCAAACAUGAAAUCAUAUUGACAGUCGCUUCAAGUGGAAUUGCUUCUCUACUAUUACCUGGUGGUAGAACAGCUCAUUCAAAGUUUAAACUACCAGUCCCAACAUUGGAAAAUUCUACUUGCGAUAUAACCUAUGGUGAUGAAUAUGCCGAAUUACUUUGCCAAGCUAAGUUGAUUAUUUGGGACGAGGCCCCUAUGGCAAGUAAAUUUUGUUUUGAAGCUCUUGAUAAAACUUUAAAGGAUGUCAUGAGUAGCUACGGCAACUCGGAGGAAAUAUUUGGUGGUAAAGUUGUCGUUUUUGGUGGAGAUUUCCGACAGAUUUUGCCUGUCAUCCCCAGAGGGAGUCGAUCGGAUAUUGUUCACUCUACAAUUAAUGCAUCUUAUAUAUGGCAUUUGGUUGAGUUAGGUGAAGGUCGAAUUUCUGAGCCAAAUGAUGGUUAUGCUGAAAUUGAAAUACCACCUGAGCUUUUAAUUCAAGACUUUGACGACCCUAUUGUUGCUAUUGUUGAUAGUACAUAUCCAGCUUUCAUGGAUAAUUACAAGUCUUAUGACCACCUAAAGAGUCGGGCAAUCUUAGCAUCAACCAUCGAAGUUGUUGAUCAAAUUAACCGUCACGUACUUCAAAUGCUACCAGGUGAAUCAAAAGAUUAUUAUAGCUCUAAUUCGGUUGAUCGAUCAGAGAUACACGAUAACAACAUUAUUGAUAUCUUAAGUCCUGAAUUUCUCAUCUCUCUACGCACUUCUGGUUUGCCUAACCAUCUCAUUACAUUAAAGGUGGGUUGCCCCAUAAUGCUUAUGCAAAACAUAGACCAAUCUGAAGGUUUGUGCAACGGCACUAGGCUCAUAGUUACAAAAAUGGCAAAUCAUGUCAUUGAGGCUCAAGUUAUGGGUGGAAAAGGCCAUGGCAAGGUUAUCUAUAUUCCAAGGAUGGAUACAUCUCCCUCGCAAUCACCUUGGCCUUUCAUGUUGAAUAGGAGACAAUUUCCAAUUAUAGUUUCGUACGCAAUGACCUUCAAUAAAUCUCAAGGGCAAUCCUUGGAUUGGGUAGGACUUUACAUCCCAAAAGAUGUUUUUAGUCAUGGGAAAUUAUAUGUUGCGAUUUCUAGAGUAACGAGUAAAAAAGGAAUCAAAAUUUUGAUUCAUGAUGAUAACAACAAAUCCAAGACAUCUACCGCAAAUGUUGUCUACAAGGAGGUUUUCGGCAAUAUAUAG